CACAUACAAGGCAGUGUACUACGUCGUCUGCUAACACGCAUUUAUAGAAACUGAAAACUAAGAGAGAACCUAUUGAUAAUUAUGAGGUGAGAUAUAUAUUGUAUUGUAGCUAGAUUACAAAUAUGGAAUAUCUUGGUGAAGAUGCCUUUAGUUCUUGUUUAUCAUGUAUUAACACCUUUUUUCAAGAGUCAAAAGUUUUGGUGAAUUUGGCAUUUGUAUGGUGUCAGCAAUUAGAUUAUGCCUAUUUGAUUAAAGAAUAUCACAGACAUAUACUGCUGACUGUGUUCUUGCUAACAGUGUGUCUGGUUGUCUUCUACAAAAGAAACAAGUCAGGUAAGAAACCAAAGGUGGAUGAAUGUGAGCUGAAUCCCAUAAAGCUGAAUUGGAAUGUAUUUGAUCUGGCCAAGUCUGCCUAUGAGCCAGGCCAUACAGAAGCAGUAAUUUCAUUGGUAGAAAAAUAUGGAUAUGAUGUUAACUAUGUGAUGCCAUCAGGAGGACUAUCAUUAUUUUUGUGUUCUUGUUUAAGUGGUGAUAGAAAGUUGAUAAAGUAUAUGAUUUCAAAAGGUGCAGUGAUGAACAUCCACACUAGGGAUGGAGACUCUCCAAUAUAUUUAUCUACAUUUGGAAUUUUGAAUUCUCCUUAUGUUGAUCCUGAUGUUCUCACAGAUUUGAGUCAAGCAGGAUGUUGUGUUAAUACUCAGAACUUAAAAGGUUAUACUCCGCUUCAUAGGGCUGCAGCAAAAGGCAACACAGAUGUUAUUAGACACUUACUGAAGCUAGGAGCAGACAGAUACUUACCAACAAAAUCAGGCAUCUAUCCAAUGGACAGUGCUAUAAAUGCAGGCCAUUUAGAGGCUGCAGAAUUAUUAAAGAUAAAACUAGAAAAUCCACAUGUUUGGGAAGUGGUGGAUCCACACACACCACCAAGAAUUAAACUAGGCCUACAAAGUCCAAUUAGAAAACAUCUUAUAGAAUCCUCAAGAGUACAUAGACCAUUUCAAAAUGUAUUUACGUUCUAGUUAAAAAGCUGCAUAUUCAUUGGUAUUGUGGAUUGUAAAUCAAAAGCUUGAUCAUAUGUAUGAUGCCUGAAUGUUCUGGAUUGACAAACCUACUUAAUGAUGCAAAGCUGAUGCAAUUCUCCAGAGAGGAAACCUUCAAUAAUGUUCUUUUUGUAUGUCAGUAUUAAUUUAAAGGCAAAUGAGGACAACAACAUUUUUUAUAAAGUACCAAAUGUUUAAUUUAUAAUUCUGUGGGUUAUUAAAUAUAAGCCCAGUUCAUCAUAAGCUUAUCUGUGAUAUUUGUGUUGUUUAGUUAGUUUUCUCUGUUUAUUAAAAUAUAAAUAACUAAAUAAUGUAUUUCCUAGUUCAGGAAUAUGCUUGUAAACUUUGUUCUUUUUUAAACAUAAAUGAAUUAAAAAUA